CGCGGUUUUUCCGGGCGGCGAUGGCCGCCGGCGGCCUGAGCCGCUCGGAGCGGAAGGCGGCCGAGAGGGACAAGAUCCUGCGGGAGGAGCAGCGGCGGGAGCGGCUCCGACAGGUGUCGCGGAUCCUGAAGAAGGCGGCGGCGGAGCGGAGCGCGGAGGAGCGCCGCCUGCUGGCCGACAGCCACGAGCUGGUGACGGAGCUGCAGGGCCGCAGCCGACGCCGGGAGGGGCUCAAGCGGCGCCAGGAGGAGGUGUGUGACGACCCCGAGGAGCUGAGGAGGAAGGUCGGGGAGCUGGCCGAGGCCGUGCGCAACGCCAAGCAUCUGAUCAUCUACACGGGCGCCGGGAUCAGCACGGCGGCCUCCAUUCCGGACUACCGGGGCCCUAACGGCGUGUGGACGCUGCUUCAGAAGGGGAGGGACAUCAGGGCGGCGGAUCUGAGCGAGGCGGAGCCGACCCUCACCCACAUGUGCAUCGCCCGCCUGCACGAGCGGAAGCUGGUACAGCACGUGGUGUCUCAGAACUGCGAUGGGCUCCACCUGCGAAGCGGCCUGCCCCGCACGGCCCUCUCGGAGCUCCACGGAAACAUGUACAUCGAGGUGUGCCGGUCGUGCUCCCCGCCGCGCGAGUACGUCAGGGUGUUCGACGUGACGGAGCGCACCGCCCUCCACCGCCACCACACGGGCCGGGCCUGCCACAAGUGCGGCGCCCCGCUGCGGGACAGCAUCGUCCACUUCGGCGAGCGCGGGGCCCCCGGCCCGCCCCUCAACUGGGAGGCCGCCACCGAGGCCGCCGCCCGCGCCGACGCCAUCCUCUGUCUGGGCUCCAGCCUCAAGGUCCUGAAGAAAUAUCCCCGCCUCUGGUGCAUGACGAAGCCCCCCAGCCGGCGGCCCAGGCUCUACAUCGUCAACUUACAGUGGACCCCGAAGGACGACCUGGCCGCCCUGAAGGUUCAUGGGAAAUGCGACGAUGUCAUGAGGCUGCUGAUGAGCGACCUGGGCCUGGACAUCCCCCGCUACGGCAGGUGCCAGGACCCCAUCUUCUCCCUGGCCACCCCGCUCCGGGCCGGCGAAGAAGGGACUCACAGCCGCAAAGCCCUGGUGGCCCCGCGCGGCUCGGAGGAGGCCGGGUCCGGAGAGCGGCCGGAGGAGCGCCCGGCCCCGCUCGGCCCGGCCCCCGUCUUGGGGGGCUGGUUCGGCCGAGGCUGCGCCAAGAGGAAAAAGCCUUCUUAGCCCCAGUUUCGGGGGGCCGGGGGGAAGCGGCCGGACGGGCGGGCGGCGGGCACUUUUGGAAACCACUUCAGGAAACCUCACGCGGCAUCAGGGAAGGAGGGCGGCGGGGGCAGUUUUUCGUACUGACGUUCUUCACCGGCCGAUCGGGGCCACCGUCGGCCUCCGCUCGCGGCGGGGCCGGGGUCGGGGCGGGGCCUGACCCUUUUCCCCGACGUCGGGGAUCUCGGGCACCGGCGGGGACGCGGGUGUCCGACCCCUCCCGGGAUCAUCAGAUUGCUCUUGGCGGGUCCGACUGCAGCUGUUCACGUUUCUACCGCUCGAUCCGACGGACGGAGAAUAUCGCUCACUUUCUACAUCGCCUUUUUCUGUAUCGGGGACGGGGCGGGCGGCGGGAGCCGGCUCGGGGGGGGCUCUGGGGACCUUUGGGGGGCUUUGGUUUUGGAACUCUGUUAAGCUCUGAUCGAACCCUUCGGUGACUCGGAUUAAAAGUCCUCCGGAGGA